AUGCAACAGGGACAGGUGCUCUACGCACCGUCUCCCUUGAGGGAUACGUAUGAACGAAUCAAGGUGUAUUGGAUGCGACAGCCUCGUAUAAUUUUCGCGAUCUACAUGAUCAUGGUCCUGGUCAUCGCGCGUGGGACUGUCUUUGUUCUAUACCACAUUAUUGAAACAGAUGGAAAGGGUCUCAUGCAAGGUUAUACGAAAAGCAAGUAUGAAGCUCCUGUUGUUAAUGACACCGUGCCGAUUGACUCCACGUCUGCUGCAGCACUGACAACUAGUGCUUUUCCCGCCCAACUAGAUUCAAAGUUGUACUGGCCCUCACUCGAUAUGAUUUACACUCGAUAUGAUCCGCAUCGGGGCGAGAUUCCACUCGAUAUCAUGGCAUUGCUUAAUUCACCGCCCAAUCUUACAGCACCACAUGCAUUCACUAACGCCACUACCGUGCCAGAAGAGGCCUGGAAGCACCAUCCAUGGACGCGUGCUGUAAAUGGAUCAAAGACAUCCAUGGAAGAUGCAAUGCGUCCCAACUUGCAGCCGAGGGAACAUGACUGGCGGCCGCCUCCCCACAAUGAAUGGAAAUCACCCCUUCAAGACACCGGCAUAUUGCACCCCAAUCCUUCUGAGCAUAUACAAUUCAAAUUUGAGGAUCCGUCUCGUUUUUCAGGAAAAAAACAUGACACAGCGCGUGACCGUGUACUUGAGCGUCGACGCAAGUUGGUGAAGAAUGCGUUUAUUCGUGCCUGGCAAGGAUACAAAAACUAUGCAUGGGGCGCGGACGAAGUUUCGCCUGUCUCUGAAAAGCCGAAUAACAAUUUUAAUGGAUGGGGUGCCACCAUUAUUGAUGCCUUGGAUACGCUCCUGGUCAUGGGUCUGCACGAUGAAUACUUGUUGGCCCGUGAGCAUGUCUAUGAUGUAGACUUUCAUUACGUGGGUGGCCAGCGAAGUGCAUAUGCUUCGGCGGAUGGGCGUAUUCCCGUGUUUGAAACGGCUAUUCGAUAUUUGGGUGGCCUGCUCUCUGCCUACGACUUGUCUGGUGACGAGCUCAUGCGUGAUCGUGCCGAAGAACUUGCACAGAUCAUUUUGCCAGCCUUUGAUACUUUAUCAGGACUUCCUGUUGGACGCAUGCGUGUGGAUGACAAGACUGAGUAUACACCAAGCAAACCUCGUGGCUAUCACGAAUCUAUGGUGCUUGCUGAGGCAACGAGUAUGUUGAUGGAAUAUACACGUCUUUGGCAGGUAACGGGCAACCGAACGUACUUUGACCGUGUCCAGCGGGUCACGGAUUUCCUUGAUUCGAACAUGACAAAGAUGAGUCUGAUAGGCACGUUGCUUCCUCAGUCGCUGUAUCCAGAAGAGUCGAUCUUGUCGGGAAAAUACUCGUUUGGUGGAGGAAUCGACUCAUAUUACGAGUAUCUUGUAAAAGAGCAUCAACUUCUAGGCGGGGUUGUGGAUCAGUAUUCGCGCAUGUUUACUGAGGCAAUGGAUUCAGCUGAGAAGCACCUAUGGAAGAAUGUCACUGUCGUUCCAAAUGCACCGUCGCUUGUGGUUGUUGCCGACACAUAUGCACGAGGGCGAAGCUGGGCACGACUCGAGCAUCUAGCAUGCUUUAGUGGUGGCAUGAUGGCACUUGGAUCACGCGUUGUGCCAAACCGUCGGCACUAUUUGAACAUAGCUCGUCUGACGACCGAGUCAUGCUACUGGAGCUACAACAGCUCACUCACAGGUCUGGGUCCUGAGAAUAUGGAGUUUUUCCGUCCUUUUGACAAAGACCGUUAUCACAUAACAUCGGCAGCGGAUGGCACACGACACCGUGAUUCUCCCGUGGGUGAUCCAUUCGUUGGAGUGCGCCGCAUCGUCUCUGAAGAUUACCGAAAUCGGCCGGAAGUCAUUGAGAGCGUUCUGUACAUGUGGCGGACGACCGGUGAUCCAGUAUGGCAGGAGCGUGGUUGGCAGAUGUUUGCGUCGUGGAUGACGCAUUGUCUUGUUCGUUCGGGCGUGAGUACAAUCCGUGAUGUGAACCAAGUGCCGGUCCUUUACGACGACAGCAUGGAAAGCUUCGUGUUUGCUGAGACCUUCAAAUACUACUACUUGCUGUUUUCACCGCCGGAUUUGGUGUCGUUGGAUGACUUUGUGUUUACAACGGAAGCGCAUCCCUUUCUUGCGCCGAAGAAAGGUCGCUGGGCUCGUCCAGGGGAUGUCCCGGUCUCAUUCCCCAAAUUCCAUCGCGCAUUUCCUACUUUUGAUCGACCUUCAGGCACACUUACUUCUAUGCAAAAGAACCAGUUGAUCUCACAAUGGGAGCAUGUCAACGUCUUACAUCGCGUGAGUCUUGACAAAUGGCCCGAAGAUGAUCCUGCAGCACAAAAGUUGUUUCUCGAGGCUUUUUGGGCACGUGUAAAUGCUGCUCAACAGCAAAGGGAGUGA